AUGGAAUUCCACCGGGGAAAAGCCGGACUCCUCUCCCUCCUCCUCUUCCUCCUCAUCAUCCUGGGCCGCCAAUCCUCGGGAAAAUCCCUUCCGGCGGGUUACCGGGAGCACGAGGAUCCCCGGGAAAGCCGGGGCUUGAUCCAGUGUGGGGAAUACAGCAACCAGGUCCUUCCCGACGGGAAGUGCCGGAUCGUGGCCACGCUGCCGCAGGGCGACGAGCGGCGCUGCCCGGAUCUGUUCCGCUGCACCGACGAGGUCUCCUACUGGAUCCACGAGAACGAGGAGCGCAAGCAGCAGAUCCUGGAGCUCCGGGAAUCCAUCUCCGAGCUCCACGAGGAGCUCCGGAAUCACCGGCACCGGGUCAAGGCGCUGGAGAUCCAGCACGAGGAGGCGGCGGGGCCGAACCGGAGCCUGGUGCAGAGGGUGCAGGAGCUGGAGCAGCAUUCCCGGGAAUCCAGCACCCUGCAGCACAUCCAGGCCACGCUGCUCUCCGACAUCCAGGCCCAGCUCAACAACGUCUCGGCCUGGGCAGAGCGGGCCUGGGCAAAGCCCGGCUGCCCCCGGCCCGCACACGUGCGCAGGGAGAUGGAGAAUGCCGGGGGUGGCUGGACCGUGAUCCAGAGGCGCCAGGACGGAUCCGUGGAUUUCAACCGGACCUGGAACGAGUACAAAGAAGGAUUUGGGGACCUCAACGGGGAAUUCUGGCUGGGAAACGACAACAUCCACCGGAUGACGAGCCAAGGGGAUUAUUCCCUACGGAUCGACCUGGAGGACUGGAAUAACAAACACAAACACGCCUUCUACCAGGUCUUCAGCAUCGAGGACGAGGAGAAUUUUUACCGGCUGCACGUGGACGGCUUCAGCGGCACCGUGGAGGAUUCCUUCGCCUGGUACCACGACAAGAGGAGCUUCAGCACUCCGGAUUCCGGGAAUAUCUGCGCCGAGAUUUCCCACGGGGGCUGGUGGUACCACCAGUGCUUCUUCUCCAACCUCAACGGCGUCUACUACAAGGGCGGCCGAUAUUCCAUAAAAAACCGGAAGAUGUUGGGCCCGGAUGGGAUCGUCUGGUAUUCCUGGAAGGACACGGACUAUUAUUCCCUACGGAAGGUGGUCAUGAUGAUCCGGCCCCGCACGUUCCGGCCCCACCUCUCCCCGUGA